AUGCUAGUGGAUCCCAACAAGCAUCCAUCAUUUUGCAAGCUUUUAUUUAGACAAGGCUUUACGGAUAAAAUACUACUGCCGCCUGCUUUCAUCAAAGAAUGCAAGAACAUGUUGGCCAAGACUUGCUUACUGAAAUCGAAUAUAGUUGGAAUGUCAUGGGAAGCAAUUAUAGUGAAAAAAAAGUCCAAUUACUUCAUAUGUGAAGGAGAGUGGUCACAAUUUGUGGUGCAUCAGCAACUGGAGCUGGGUGACAUUUUGCUAUUUUUUCUCAUUGAUAAAUCGACGUUCCAAGUCCUGGUUUAUAACCAGAAAAGUUAUAAAAACUUCGGCGGGAGGCAACUAUUUGAGGAACUCAGCAGUUCCUCCGAAGAAAAACACGACUUUGGAAAUACUGGAAAAUCCAAGAGAGUUAAUACAGAACCAGAAGAAUUGUCAGGUACUGUUGCUGAAGAGAAGGAAGCCGACAAUGAAAGUGAAGAAAAUGGUUCAAAGAAGAUCAGAUUCAGUGUGGUGAACUUAAACAACAAAGAUCCAUACUAUGAAAUGGUUAUUAAAAAGUCCCACACAAUUUUUAUGACUAUCCCGAUGAGCUUCGCGAGAGGGACAGGCAUAAUUUACAUGAAGAGAAUGAGACUGGUAAAUGGGAAAGGCAAGGAGUGGCGAGUGGACUAUAGCACGCAAGGGCAGGGAAAUGGUGGUAGUAAUGUUUUACAGGUUCAAAAGAUCUGCAAACCCCAUUACUUGCACUAG